AUGUCCGACGUCGCCCACCUCAAAUCCCUCCUCGGUGUUCACCCCGACUUCCCCAAGAAGGGCAUCACCUUCCUCGACAUCUUUCCCAUCCUCAGAGACCCCGUCGCUUUUGAAAACCUCAUCACCCACCUCCUUCACCACAUCUUCACCACCCACAAGACCAAGCCCGAUGUCAUCGUCGGUCUUGAUGCCCGUGGCUUCCUCCUCGGCCCCAUCAUUGCCAUGCGUCUCCAGGCUGCUUUCGUCCCUGUGAGGAAGGGCGGUAAGCUCCCCGGUCAGGUUGAGGUCGUCAAGUACGAGAAGGAGUACGGAACCGACGAGUUUGAGAUGCAGGCUGGUGCCAUCCAGCCUGGACAAAAGGUCAUCGUUAUCGACGACCUUAUUGCUACUGGUGGGUCCGCCGCUGCUGCCGGCGAGCUUAUCAAGAAGUCUGGUGGUGAGACUCUCGAGUACCUCUUCAUCGUCGGCUUGCCCUUCCUCAAGGGUCACGAGAAACUGGAUGCUCCCGUUUACUCCAUGAUCGAGGCUGAGGACUAG